AUUAUAUAUACAUACAUUUGAGGGAGAGGAUUGAAAGAGAAUCAAAGGUUGCAAGUUGGUAGAAAAUGAUGAAGGGUUCAACAAUUGAAGGUGGUGGUGUAAUAUCUCGUAGAAAAGGGUUGGCAAGAGGGUUGUCUAUAAUGGACUUUAUAUUGAGAAUUGUUGCGGCGGUUGGAACAUUAGCUGCUGCAAUUGCCAUGGGAACUACCGAUGAGACGCUGCCAUUUGCAACUCAGUUUAUAAGAUUCAGGGCUGAAUUUGAUGACCUCCCCUCCUUUGUAUUUUUUGUGGUGGCCAACUCUCUAAUAUGUGGAUAUCUAGUUCUUUCUCUUAUCCUAUCGUUACUCCACAUAGUUAAGAGUAGCGCGGUGAAAAGUAGAUUGCUCCUCGUUGUGCUUGACACUAUUAUGUUGGGUCUGGCGACAGCAGGAGCCUCAGCAGCAGCAGCAAUUGUAUACAUAGCACAUUAUGGUAAUCCAAAACCCAAUUGGUUCGCUAUUUGUCAACAAUACAACAGUUUCUGUGAACGCAUUUCCGCUUCUCUUAUUGGCUCUUAUCUUGCUGCUGCUAUCCUCGUUAUACUUAUCAUAUUUUCAGCUGUUGCAAUCUCCAGAAACUAAUUAUUAUUAUU